AUGCAGAUCAACCUUUCCCGGCGGAACCUCAUUGAAUUUGACUCUUCCGCCUUCACUACAGAUGAUGAUCAAGAGGUUUUACGUUCCAUUAAAGAGCUUAACAUCUCUUUUAACAAUAUCUCCACUCUAAAAGGCCUCCAUAGACUCUCUACCUUGACAACAGUUGAUGUAUCACAUAAUAGUAUUGCCUCCCUUAGAGGACUCCCACUACCGUUGCGGAAAUUAAAUGCCUCUUUCAAUGUACUCAGUGAUCUCGACGGUUUGUUUCCGCUUCUUCACUUGGAAAUUCUAGUGGUAUCACAUAAUCAAAUAACUAGUCUUCGAGGUUUGCCAGCGAAAUUACGUAUUAUUGAUGCCUCAAGUAAUCGAAUAACUUCAAUUGUUGGAGUUGAAAAAUGCAAUGGAUUAGAACAAUUACAGAUUUCUCAAAAUAUGAUACGAACAGCAGAAGGUUUAGAAUCCCUAAAAUCACUUCACACACUAAAAUCAUUGAUGAUAGCUGAAAAUCCUGUAACAAGAAGUCGUCGACACAUUACUGCAGUUUCUUCGCUUCUCCCAGAUAAUUUAGAAAUUGUGGAUUUGCCAUCAUUUCCAAGAACAAUGCAAUCAUCUGAAGUUUCUAGCCAAAGUAAUAAUACACAUGAUGUUUCCAGUAAUGCCAUAUCGCUCAAUACUACUAGUUUCAAAGAUGCAAUUAAUCUCUCUGUACUUUCAUCCACUAGCACAGGGAAAGUAAGUCAUGAGACUUCUAUUUAUGGAUGUCAAUCGCAGGUUCCAUCGUAUCUUCAUCACAUACCACCAAAAGGGAUUAGGCAAAAUGAAGAGGAAACAGAAAAUCUUAUAAACAAGAAAGUAGUUUCUUUUGGUAGUGCUGAAAAAUCCAUAGAGAGACCACAUUCUUCAGUUCCUUCUGUAACAGUCCCAAUCCAUUCCUCUGUUGGUACAUCUAUCACUGUAAAUACAUCACAAGAUACAAGUAUCACUCAACAACAUCCGCAAAUAGAAAGAGUAGAAAAGAGGCAAGAAGAAAAAAUUAUUACAGAAGUGGAUAUUUGUUUCUCUGAAAUACCUACUAAACAUGUCACAGAAUCAAUGGUGGAACGCCUUCAGUUUGAACUAGAUGAAUGUCGUAGAGUAUGCGCCUUCUACAAAAAGGAAAAUGCAGAACUACGUCAUCGUAUUCAAUACUUGGAAUUAGUAAAUAAGCAACAAUCAAAAUCUAAGGAAGAGUCAUUAGAAGGAAAUCUUUUUCUACAACUUCCUUCUGCCUCUGGUUCUUCUCCAAUGAAAAUAUCUGCUCUUCCUGAUGCCUUAAAUGGGGAAAGAAAUAUGAAUCAUAGCAAUUUUUCUGUUAACCCUGUAAAAGAGGAAGUAAGAAAACCCUUAAAUGAAUCUGGACUCAAUUGUGAAGAGAAGAUUUUGCCAAAUAACCAUCACCGUCUUCACCAAGAGUUACAAGAACUACCAGGAGAAGUACUUUCUUUAGAUGAAAAAGUUGAACUACGUCGUGGGGCACGUUCGUUGGCAGCAUUAUUUAUGUCUCUCGUACCUGUAUCGACGAAUAGUUUGAGUCCAUCCGGCACUAUAUCCGCUGGGGAUGCUCAUACUAGUAAUGACCAUCAACACCAAUCGCCUUCCUGUGCAAGUGGGAUGGACUACAACCAUAACAGCGGUGGUCCAUGUAGUUCAGAACGACAACGAGAAAAUCAACAACAGAAUGUGGAAGCUGGGAGGCGUAAACGGACAGUGUCAUUUGGUGGUUUCGCAUAUUACUCACCUCCGCAGUGGUAA